CAUCCUUAGUAAAAAAUUUCUGAAAAGUCCAUCCCUAGUAAUCACUCUCUUUAUAUAUAAGAACUUGUAUAGAGUUCAUUUUCAUCCAUCACAUUCAAUUGUAUUCUAAAUCGCAUUUAGAUACUAACACUCUCUGAUCAUUGCUCAACCUUUUGCUCACUCACUCACGUUCAAUCCACAUUCCUUACGACAAAAGUCUUCGAUUACAGUUAGGUUUCCUAUAUAAGAAGUUUGAAUGGAUAGAGUAAUGAAGUUGGCUUCACAAAAAGCAGUUGUGAUCUUUAGUAAGAGUUCAUGUUCUAUGUGUCAUGCAAUUAAGAGACUCUUUUAUGAUCUCGGUGCUAGUCCAGCUAUUCAUGAACUUGAUGAAGAUCCUAGAGGAAGGGAAAUGGAGAGAGCGUUGCUUGGGCUUGGCUUUAGUCCUACUGUUCCAGCUGUUUUCAUCGGUGGUCGGUUACUACGGUUAGAUUCAACUAGCACCGUAAUGUCACUUCACCUCAAUGGAUCCCUUAUACCUAUGCUCAAAGAAGCAGGGGCAAUAUGGCUUUAAUACCCAUCUUUCACUCUUGAUAUAUACAAUGUCAAAAGUGACUUAAAACUCAUUUCCAUCGGGACUGCGUACCUAAUUAGCUCUAUCUAUCUAUACUCUACAGAGGCUAUAAUGUUUUCGAAGUGGCAAUAGAUAAUACGAUACGAGUAUUUCUAUAUGUUUCAGUAUCUAAUAAACUCAUACUUAAGU